AUGCCCUCCAGCGCGGCCACUCAGUCCAACAUUGCCGCUGCUCAAUCAUCCGUAGCCACUUCUUCCAAGCACGCAUAUCACUCCCAACACGAUCCUGCCGAGUCAUCUGACGCAGAAACAGAACCUCUCCCUUACGACGACGACGACGACGACGACGACCAAGACGCACACGGCGACGUCAUGGACCUCAACGAUCUCGCACAGCACGCAGCUGCUUCGGCUGCUGCAGCCGUCCCCGACGACGUCGACGCUCCAGGCGAACCAGCGGACGUCUCGAUGGACAGCCAGCUAGAGCCAUCACAGGCAGAAGACCUAGCCCACCAAAACGAAGAUGACGAGGACGCAGACGGCGAAGACGCUCUGCCCGCCUCUCAGCUCACUGCUACCCAAGAUCCUAAUUCUAAUCUAAGCUCACCUCAAAAAACUGGCGGCUUCACCGGCGACGAGUUCAGCGACGAGAGCGAGCUCACCGACGAAGACGACGAUCAGAACCAGGACGAAGACGGUUCCUCCCUCUCGGAUGACGACCUGGGUGGUUCCGACGACGAAGACGAGGAAGAGGAAGACGGUGAAGACGAAGAGGACGACGAUGACGACGAUUCAAAUAGCAAAACGCACGAGGACGAAGCAGCCGAGGCGCUUGCCGCUCUCACCGGCGGUGCCGAGGGCGCCGACGAGGAUGCCGGCGCAGCAGCCGGUCUCGAUGCCCUCGCUGCCCUUGCAACAGCUGGUGAGGCUGACGCAGACCACGCCGACGAAGAUCAAGACGAAGAUGACGACGAGGAUGCAUCGGAUCAGGAAGGCGAGCAUGCCGAAAGUGUGACAGCACCAGCAGAUGGAUCUGCCAAGUCCCGUCGACUUCAACAACUCCGUCAACAGGUUGAUGGCGAUGAUCUCAGCUCUGACAUCACUCCUGAACCUGAAGACAACGAAGGUGCCGAUGAUGCUGGCGCAGACAAUGCCUCUGACCAAGAAGAUGGCGGCUCGCCUCGCGAGACUGAUCUCGAUCUCAUCGCCUCUAUGAAGAAGCGCGCGGCGGCUACUGGCGGAGCCACCAGUCUUUUGGAGCCAGAGCAGCUGGUUGACAGUCUCCCCGGAUCCGCCUCUUCUUCACGUGCCGUCACUCCACUCGGAGACGAGGACGAAGAUGCUGAAAAAGCCGACCACGCGGAAGGCCGAGAUGCUAAUGCAGACGCCGAUGUCAAAGCUCCCGAAGCCGACGCAGCAGAGGCUGAGCACCUCGACACGGCUGCUGGUACGCCCAUUCCUGAUGGCGCCGAGCACGACGAGGACACCUCUACCGACGAAGCCGCUAUCCGCCGCCAAGAGGCAAUGGAAGCCUUGACCAAGAUCGAGAUCGGCUUUGCCAUGCUGCGCGACCGUCUCUACGUCGAGAGGCUCCAAGAGAUCUCGAAAGAAGGCGAGAUGAUCCUCGACGGCACCCAUCCCGAGCUUCUCCACCUUACCAAAGCGAUAGAGACGCGCAGACAACGUCGCACCGAGCUCGUCGAGUUUUGGUUCGAGCAUCAGGAAAAGCAGUACGAGCGCGUCGCCAAGGCUGAGGAGUUUGCAGCGUGGAGUAUCUGGCGUUCCAGCUGCGCCGGCCUGCGUCGCGAUAUGAUGGACGAGUUCAGCAGGAAACGCAGGCGACUCGAUCGCGAAAAGCGUACCCUCGACGCACCCCGCCCAGCACGACGACAUCAGAUUUUUGAGACGGAGCUCGUGCGCAAUCCAGACCGCUUGCACAUCCCGUUGGACCCUCCAUCGCGGGCAGAGGAUGCCGAACGCGCUCAAGCAAACGGCUCCAAGGCUGGCCGCAAGCAGUCUGCCAAGCGCAAGGCGCUCGCUCGCGAGAUCGACGCAGCAGACGAGUAUGUCGCUUACCCGGAUCUCAAAGGCCUCGCUGAACCCGACGUCAUGAUGGAUAUUGAGCAGAUGGGUAUCCGGCCCGCCGGCGUACCACCAGGCAUGUACGAUCCCUUCUAUGGCGCUCCCAUCGGUCUCGAGUUCCAGAACCCGGAGAUCUAUGCAAUGUACGGACCCGAGGCGGCAGCUGCAGCCGCUGCGGCGGCCGCCCAGGCUCACAUGAACGGUAUGCCGUUCGGUCUGCCGCCAGGUGCACGUGGCAUACCACCGCCGCCACCGGGCGCGAUGAUGGCGCCCGGCACGCCUGGUUCUGUUCAUCAUCGGCAUGGCAUGCAUCCGCUCCCGCCACCGCCGGGACACAUGCACGCAGGAAUGGAGAUGGGCAUGAUGGGCUUCGAUCCAUAUGCCGCUGCCGAGAUGGAGCGAGCGGCGCGCAUGCAUCACCACGAGCAACAGGCACGCAUGGGCAUGGAUCCCAACGAUCCGCACCACCGAAGCUCUCCGUUCCCGCCAGACAUGUAUCCGGGUUAUCCGCCGCAUUUCAACAUACCACCUGGAGCUGGAGGGCCCGGUCCAGGCAUGAACGCGGGCGGAGGCCGUGGAUCGGGGAUGGGCAAGAUGCCGCCGUCGCCCACACCGCCUCAUCGGGGCAGCAGUGGUGGGCGAAAGGAGCGCUCCAGCAUUGAGGAUGGGGUUCACGUCAGCGGUCGUGGACGCGGCGCUGCAAAGACGAGCGGACGAAGCAAGCAGGCUCGGCCGAGUCAAGCUUCGGGUGCAGCUGUCGAGUCGCCCACACAUGGAAAACCGUCAAGCAGCGGAAAGACGAGUUUACCGCCACCGCCGUCAAUGUCCUCGGGCGCUGUGGGCGCGAUAGACGAGCGCGAACACAAGGUGCAGAGCAAUGGCGCGGUAGCAGCGGGGCGCCGGGUUGCAGCAGGGCAUCAUCCGAUGAAGCAGCCCGCGCCAGGGUUUGCGGGUGCCAGAAGUGGGCCCUCGCCAGGUCCGAAUGGCGCGGCAGCACCGCUCACGGCUACACCAGUGGCGACGGCUGCUGCUGCGGGUGUAGGCAACAGAAGUCUGUAUCCUUCCGAAUAG